UCAGAUAUACGUUUACCCCGCCCGGGCUGUUAUGACUGUAACCUUCUGACACACCACAGUACAUUAACAUUCACUUUUAUCUUAAAACCCCAUGUCUGAGGUCAGAAAGAGCAGAGAGGAGUCUUUUUAGGGUCAAGGCUCAUCUUAAUGGCAUCAUUGAAUGGCUCACCGGCGCCUACUUCGUCGUGCCUACAAGAUAUGUUGUGACGGUCGGCCCCACACUAAUGAGAAUCAUAAGCACUCAGAACGGCAGCGGCUCAGCCGACCAGCAACAUAGCCUCCACUGUGGCUCAGCUCAAUGACUACUACCAAGCUUCUAAGCCCAAACACCCCACACAUCCAUUGGAACCAUGGCAUUCCCCGCUUCGCACAUCCACCCCGCACAAACCAGCCACACGCACACCGCGAUCCUCCUCCACGGCCGAGGCAGCAACGGCCCCGAAUUCGCCGACGAGCUUUUCUCAUCUCUGACGUCCCAGCACAGAUCCCUCCCCGAUGCCCUGCCCACCUGGCGCUGGGUAUUCCCCACCUCGCGCGACCGCCUCUCCACGCGCUUCCAGGAAGAGAUCUGUUCCUGGUUCGACGCCUAUUCCCUUUCCGACAUCCAAGAACGGCAGGACUUGCAGAUUGAGGGGCUUCGGGAGUCGGUUCGCUAUAUCCUCGAUAUCCUCGAGCAGGAGAUCAGUCUACUGGGUGGGACCGCAAGCCAUGUCUAUCUCGGGGGUAUCAGCCAGGGGAUGGCGACAGCGCUCUGGACUUUGUUCUGCGCGGCGGGGAGGAUUGGGCAGUUCCUUGGUGGGGUCUUUGGGUUCUGUGGCUGGAUACCCUUUGCGCAUGAGAUUGGGCAGUUGGUGAGGCAGUCGGCUGGGUCUGAUAGAGCCCAGGUUCAGAGGCUGGUUGCUAGAUUUUGUGCCAAGACACUUGGAUUACCGCAGUCUUUUGCGGGAGUGGAAAGUCAAGGUAGUUCUUUGCCGCUUCUAAGCACGCGGUUCUUGUUGGGGCACGGGACAGAUGAUAUCUGGGUGCCAAUGGAGCUGGGACGGCAAGCGUUGCAGGUGAUCAAGGGGCUUAGCGCGGGGGAGGUGGAGUGGAUAGAGUAUGCUGGGGCAGAAGGGGGUGGCCAUUGGAUUAAGGAGCCCGAGGGGUUUGAUGUUAUUCUGAAGUUCUUGGAAGGUGGCUCUCAGUUUGCCUGAAACAAUCCAUGCAUCUAGCUUGUCCUAUCCCUUCUGCCGUCCCUGAU